CAGAGUUCCAUGAUAGUGGAAGGUAUCGGCCUUUAUCUUCCAUCCGUGAUGAUCGCUGAUUCAUAUCAAAAAAAGUAUAAAUGUAUAAAGGGAAGUGGAAGUUGCCUUCCGCCAACAACACUGUCAUCUUAGUUGCAUAGAAAUUAAUUCACCCUUUUUUUUUGUUUAGAAGUUUUAAAUUCGCCAUUAGAUUAUUCAAUCUCUCAAAAAAAAUCGGCGAAAAAAUAAAUAUCCCGUCUACAAACACUUGAUUCACGUGGAUAAAAGAAAAGAAAAAACAAGUCCUGACACCAAUUGAUACAGUCUUGUAGUGAUUUAGGAAUAUGUGUGGUAUUCUAGCCGUUCAUCGCGUCGCUGAAGAUAUUGAGGCCUUCAAGCCCAAGGCUCUUUACUUGUCAAAACAAUUACGCCACCGUGGACCAGAUUGGUCGGGUAAGGCUAUUCGCAACAAAACCAUUCUUUGCCAUGAGCGUUUGGCCAUUGUCGGCGUCGACAGUGGUGCUCAACCCAUUACCUCUGAAGAUGGUAAGCUGGUCCUCUCUGUCAAUGGUGAAAUUUACAACCACCUUCAAUUGCGCGAGUCUUUGAAGGGCUCUUACAACUUUAGAACCCAUUCCGAUUGUGAAGUAAUUCUUUACUUAUACCAGGAACAUGGCGCCGCUUGUGCUAAUCUCCUUGAUGGUAUGUUCUCUUUUGCCUUAUAUGACCAAAACAAGGACAAAGUGGUUGCGGCUCGUGACCCUAUUGGUAUUACCACCUUAUAUCAAGGUUUCAACUCUGAAAGCCCUGAAACUGUGCAUUUUGCUUCUGAGUUGAAGGCUUUACAUCCUAUCUGCGAUAAGAUUAUUGCUUUCCCUCCUGGUCAUUAUUAUGAUUCGGAAACCAAGCAAACCGUUCGUUACUUCAACCCCUCCUGGUGGAACGAAGACCGUAUUCCCGCCAACCCCGUUGACUAUAAGCUUCUUCGUAGUUCUUUGGAGACUGCUGUCCGCAAGCGUCUUAUGGCCGAAGUUCCUUAUGGUGUUCUUCUCUCUGGUGGUUUGGACUCUAGCUUAAUCGCCUCUAUUGCUGUUCGUGAAACAGAAAAGAUUGUUAGUUCCAAAAGUACUGAUAGUGAAGAAGCCCGUACUAUCAUGGCUUGGCCCAAGGUUCAUUCCUUUGCUAUCGGCUUGCCGGGUUCUCCUGACUUGCUUGCCGCUCGUAAGGUCGCCGAGUUUUUAGGCACCAUUCACCAUGAACACACCUUCACCAUUGAUGAAGGUCUCGACGCUCUUCGCGAUGUUAUAUUCCAUCUUGAAACUUAUGACGUUACUACUAUCCGUGCCAGUACACCCAUGUACUUGCUUUCUCGUAAAAUUAAAGCUCAGGGAGUUAAAAUGGUUUUGUCCGGUGAAGGUUCUGAUGAAAUUUUUGGUGGUUAUCUUUACUUUGGCAAUGCUCCUAGUCCUGCUGACUUCCAUUCUGAAUGCGUUCGCCGUGUUAAGGGCUUGCACUUGGCUGAUUGCUUGCGUGCUAACAAAUCCACUAUGGCUUGGGGUCUUGAAGCUCGUGUUCCCUUCUUGGAUAAGGACUUUUUGGAAGUCAGUCUUAACAUUGAUCCUAAAGAAAAGAUGUAUAUUAACGGCCGUAAAGAGAAGCACAUUAUCCGUAAGGCCUUUGAUACCUCUGAUGAACCUAAUGUCAAACCAUACCUUCCCGAAGACAUUCUUUGGAGACAAAAGGAACAAUUCUCAGAUGGUGUCGGUUAUUCUUGGAUUGAUGCUUUGAAGGAUACCGCUGAGUUGACUAUAUCAGAUGAUGAAUUCGUUGUACCUAAAAAGGAAUGGGGUAGUGAUAUUCCUGAUACUAAGGAGGCUUAUUGGUACCGUAAAAUGUUUGACGAAAUCUUCCCUGCGCAAUGUGCCGACACUGUUAUGCGCUGGAUUCCCAAGGCAGAAUGGGGUUGUCCUGCUGAUCCUUCUGGUCGUUUCCAGGCUUCUCACAUUGCUCACCUCGAUUAAGCUGUUUUUCGUUAUUUAGUAUUCUCCCCCCUUAAAAAAAAAAGUGUUCUGAUGAUAUGUAAAUUAGACCAUGAUACCGCCCUAUAUACUAUAAUCGACUCAAAAAACUUACUCCGAUUUUUUUGGUUCUCUUAAAUCUUUCGUUUUGGAUAUUUGUUAUAAAACAAUGAAAUAAUACA